GGAACAGCAGGCACGAAUCUUCCUUUGAUCCGCAACAGUGUCGUUACUCUAAACACGCCUCAACCGGCGUUCUAGUCACGUGCAGUACUAUCGUGCCGAUCACGAAUCACGAAAAACAUCCUCAACCGCGGCCACUCCACCCCCACCACAGCACAGCCAGCACCCCACCACAAUCGCCCCACGAUGGAGCAAACCACACCCAUCGCACCACCACCACCGAGCGACAGCACCACCAGCACACCCCCCAAACCCACCCGCGGAGCUCCAGAAUGGUGGCGCCAAAUGUUCUCCCAGAUGACGGGCAUGGGCAUGACCCCCUCCGAGCGCGCCGAGUACGAGGCCGGCCGCGCGCAGAGGCGUAAAGAGGCUCAGUGCACAAAGUGCGAGAAGAACCUCGACUACCUGAUGAACUACAGCCCGAUAAUCCGGUUCAUGCUCGAAAACAUCCAAUCCGCGAACGGCAAGCUAGACAAGAGCAACAUCCGGUGCCUCCCGUGCGGGAAAUUCCAGUCUGGCGGGUUCGACGCGAACUACGGCAUUCUGCUGUGCCAGAACCGCCUUAUCGACCGCAGCCACAUGGAGGAUACGCUGGCGCAUGAGCUGGUACAUGCUUAUGACCACUUGCGCUUCGAUGUGGACUGGAAUGAUCUCAGGCAUCAUGCUUGCUCCGAGGUCAGAGCUUCGUCGCUCAGUGGAGAGUGUCGCUGGACUAGGGAAACCCUCGGGAGGGGCAUCUGGGACCUGACCAAGCACCACCAGGACUGCGUGAGACGGCGAGCGACGCUGUCGGUACGCAACCACCCAAAAUGUGAGGAUGACGAGCACGCGGCCCGGGUGGUGAACUCGGUCUUCGAUUCGUGUUUUGCCGACACGAGGCCGUUCCGGGAGAUCUACCGGUAGUGGGUAGAAUUGGACUCUGAUACCGAUGGACGAACGGUUAUGUAAAUUACUGUAUGAUACCUCAAAGACUAUGAUAGACGAUUAGAAAGAGCCCAGAGACCAGACGGGA